AUGCGGCUUCUGGAGUGCACAGCUGAUGGCGACCUCAGCCUGACCAAAGAUCUUUUCAAAGAUAUCCCUCCUUAUGCGAUAUUGUCCCAUACAUGGGGAGAUGAUGACCAAGAAAUUACGUACAAAGAGGUAAUGGACGGCUCAGGGAAGUCCAAGGCCGGGUAUCGAAAGAUCCAGUUCUGUGGAGAGCAGGCUAGGCGUGACAGCCUUGAAUAUAUUUGGGUGGAUACUUGCUGUAUCAACAAAGGCGACCCGGUGGAACUUCAAAAGUCUAUCAACUCCAUGUUUCUAUGGUACAAGAACGCAGUAAAGUGCUAUGUUUAUCUCGCGGAUGUUUCGAUGCCAGGUGAUGAAGACGCAAGCGAGUGUAAAAUCGCGAUCGAAUCGAAAUUUCGGACUGCGAAAUGGUUCACGCGGGGCUGGACGCUUCAAGAGCUUCUUGCUCCAUCAUCUGUCGAUUUCUUCUCCACUGAUUAUAGGUGGAUUGGCGACAAGUUUUCCCUGGAGCGAUUGAUUCACGAAAGAACAGGAAUUCCAGUUGAAGCUCUUCGUAGAUAUGACCCGAAGAAGUUCAGCCUUGAUGAGCGGGUGGCAUGGACGGCCAAAAGGGAAACCAAGCACGAAGAAGAUAUGGCAUAUUCUCUUUUGGGAAUGUGCAAUAUAUUUUUGCCGCUUAUUUACGGGGAAGGGCGAGAGAACGCGUUUCGGAGGCUUCGAGAAGAGGUCGGCAGAAGUGUUGAGGGAAAUGGGGUCGAUAAGCUCGACGAUUUGGCUGCUAAGAAGGAACCAAAGUUCACUGUUCCCUUUGUUCGCGAUCCAAAAUUUAUUGGCCGAGUAGAUGUCAUACAGGAAAUGACAAAGCAACUUGAUACGAGGCGGCGAAUAGCAAUCUGCGGAAUCGGCGGCAUUGGGAAAUCCCAGAUCGCGAUCGAGUACUGCUACAUAUGGAAACACCGUUACCCAGAAAGCCAUGUAUUUUGGAUACAUACAAGCUCUUUUGAUCAAUUUGAGCAAGCAUAUAGAGAGAUCGCGAAGCAAAUGUCUAUACCUGGGACCGAAGAUCCCCAGAGUGACACUCUUGUUCUUGUUCGGGACUGGCUGAAUACACUAGAGAAUGGGUCCUGGCUACUCAUCCUAGACAAUGCAGAUGAUAUUGACCUCUUUUUCGAAUUGGAUUCAACGGCAAACAAACCCAAUCAUCCAUACAUUGGCAAUUUGCUUCCUCGAAAUGAGAAUUGUUUUAUGAUCACUACCACUCGCGACAAAAGAAUUGGCCAACGCUUGAGCGAUCAAGAAGAGGAAAUCACAAUCGACGUAUUGCCUCCAAAAGAUGCCGAGCAACUGUUAGUAUCAAAAAUACCAAGAUCAGAGGACACAAGUAGUGCAGAUUUCCAUUGCCUUAAUGAGAUACUUGGAAAUAUCCCAUUGGCGAUCACUCAAGCUGCUGCGUUCAUACGAGAGAACAGUAUGACGGUCGAAUCAUACAUCAAGGAGCUUGAAGCCAGCGACUCUGACUUGCAGGACUACAUGGACGAAAGCCUACCAGACCCCCGAAGAUAUCCAGAUAGUGAGAAUUCUGUCGCAAGGACAUGGAAGCUUUCCUUUGAUCAGAUUGCAAAACAAUUUCCUGGAGCAGCCGACUUACUAUCACUCACGGUUCAGCUUGACCGCCAAGCGAUUCCAAAGACUCUUUUAAGUCAUAUAGAAUAUCGGAGUAUUGAUUUCAAUAAGGCUCUAGGAACAUUGCAAGCGUACUCAUUCAUCCGGGCCGAAAAAGGGGGAUCGAGCUUUGAAAUUCAUCGACUUGUACAGCUGUCGACACUGAGGUGGUUGAGUUUACGGCAUAAAAAAACAGAGUGGCAAGAGAGAUCUCUAGAGCUGAUGGCUAAAACAUUCCCACAUGGGUAUUACGGAACAUGGGAGGAAUGCGAAACUCUCUAUCUACACGCAAAGUCCGUUGCCAAACAUGAGUAUGCUCAUAAAGCAGUUCGCGUUCAGCAAGCUGAACUGCUUGAAAAUCUCGCAACCUAUGAUUACAAUCAAGGAAGAUCAGAAGCGGCUUAUCGACAAUCCAACAAUGCUCUAAUGAUAAGAGAGAGUGAACUUGGCGAGAAACACCUAGAUGCGCUAACGACUGUGAACAGUCUCGCUUGGAUGUACGAAAGCGAUGGAAACCUGGCUGAAUCAGAGAUCCAAUUCCGAAGGACUAGUAAAACUUUCCUAGAGGUUCUCGGGAAUACGCACCCAGAAACGCUGUGGACCACGAAUAAACUUGCUAAAGUACUCAGUAUGCAAGGAAAUUUCGCUGAGGCAGAGACUAUGGUCCGCCAAAAUCUCGAGAUCUCUAGAAUUGAACUUGGCAAUAAACACGAAACUACUAUAGAAACCGCAACCGCUCUUGCAUUUGUCUUGUUAAAUCAAGACAAGAAUGCUGAAGCAGAGCCUAUAAUCCGCAAUAGUCUUCAGCUCUGCGAAGAGGUAUUCGGUGAGAAACACCCGAGUACGCUCGAGUGCAAGGGAAACCUCGCUUUUGCGCUUAGUGGGCAAGAAAAGUACGCAGAAGCAGAAUUGAUGUUCCGUCAUACUGUCGAAGUCUCUAGAGAGAUACUCGGCAAUACACACAGGGGAACGUUAGAUGCUAUAAAUAGACUUUGCUGGGUAAUCAUAUCUCAAAAGUUUGACGCUGAAGUAGAGCAUUUGCUCCGUCAGAACAUCCAGACCUGUGAAUGUAUGCUUGGUAAGACGCACCAAGUCACGAUCAAUGGUGUGUAUUAUUUGGCUUGGUUAUUUGAGAAGAAAGAAGAGUAUGAAGAAGCUUUGACACUCUAUGAAAGAGCCUGUGCUGGGUUCGAAUCCAUUUAUGGUUCUCAACAUUCUUCGACUUUGGAAUGUAAAAGACGCUACUCGGCUAUGUUAGAUAUCUCUUCCACUUCUCAGAUGAACGUUCCUGCUGAGAUCUCUGAAAUGGGAACAAACAAUGGGGUUAUCUCUACAUCAAAGCGAAGAAGUAGAUUUUCAAAGCUCUUACCUUGGCGAAGUCACCAAAAACCGUCCAGCCAUGGCUAA